GAACAUGGUGUGUAAGUGGCCACGAUCCUUUUAUGAUAGUUUCAUCUUUAACAAUAGCAAGCUGCGUGAGGUUUUGGAGGGGCUAGACAACUGCUGGUUGGUUGGUGAUUCCGGAUACCCCUUAAAGUCGUACUUAAUGACUCCAAAGCUGCAUCCACAAACAGAGGCAGAGGAGCGCUAUAAUAAGGCCCACGGACAGACAAGGGUCGUUGUAGAAAGGGCCUUUGGCGUCCUCAAAUCGCGUUUCAGGUGCUUGCACAAAACUGGAGGGUGUUUGCUAUUCAGCCCUGAAAAGUGUAUUAAGGUGAUAAGUGUUGCAAUGAAAUUGCACAACAUGUGCAUUGAGAGGAAAGUUCCUUUUGUGACUCCUGGGGGGUGAUAUAGUUGACAUAAAUUCUGAGGAGGACACUGUCUGCCUGGGACAAGAUCGUGAUGAUACACUGCAACGUGAAAGACUUGUUCAUCUUUUUGUUCAGUGGUAGCUCAAUAGUAGGUUAUCCUCAUAUAUACACACAGGUAUCAUUAUUAUCUUUAAAAAUUCUACGGAUUCAAUUAUUAUGUAACUGUCUAGUAGACAAGACAUAUGCUGGCUUAGUGCAUCCUUACCACCACUAAACAAAAAGAUGAAUAAGUUUCUUAUGUGGCAGAGUUUGGGAAAAAUGACAAACUCUUACACAUAAUUUUGAAUUAAUUUAUCUGUGUACAAGUACUUGAUAACAAGAAGAAAAAUAUGCUACAUUUUUUGUUUACUCACAUAUUAACAGGGUUAUUUUAAAAUAAAAAUUUAAUUAACAAAGUU